UAAUAUUUGGAAUUUUGGAAAAUGGGUAACUAAAUAUAAGUAGUUAAAAAAAAUAUAUAUAAUUAGUUAAAAAAAAAUUAAGGAAGAGAGAAAAUAGGGGGGAAGAAUUUAAAAAUGGAGGCGGGCAAGAAAUGAGGGGUUCCGAAUAUAAUGGAUUGGAAGUUUUGACAGUUUGAUUAUUUUCCUACCUUUUUUUUAUUAUUAUUAUUUUUUUUUUUAAUAUCUCUUUAUAAUUUAACCUUCUUCAUCCUUUAUCUUUCUCUUCCUCUCUAAAUUAUCUUUUUAUUUUUAUCUUUUCUGUUUUGACUAGUGGGAUAGGAGGAGGAGGGAUUUGGGGUGCUACUCAAAAUAAUCAACUAAAUUAGGGAAGAGUUGGAGGUGUUGAAUUCCAACGGUGAGGUCGAGUCACCGGAAUUCUUCGCUUCUUUCUCUCCUUAGGGAUUGUCGAAAAGCGGAUACUAAUUAUUUGAAGUAAGAUUACAAGGCUACCUUCAAAAGCCAGAGUUUUCUUUGAUUAUUAAGUCCCCUUGAUGUUUCUUAAGGUACUCAAUUCCCUCAAGAUUAGAACGUGUCAUCGUGUUUGGUAGAAGUUUUCUUAUUUCGGCGUCUCAGAAUAGGAAAGCUAUCAUUGUUGUUGGGUUUUUCUAGCAUAAAAGAUGGGUGGGUGUGUUUCAACAACACACUCUAAAGUUGCUCCUCAUAGGAAGAAGUAUACUAGAAGAUUGAGAAAAUGUCGUGGAAAGUUGAGCUCUAACAUGGGGGAGACUCCUAUCAAAAGGAAAUCAUUUAGUGAUACAGGAAGCCGCAUCUCUGUGAGCGAGUUUGUACAAAUUGACAUUGAUAAGGGAGGCACCACUACUUGCAGGAGAUCUGAGGUCUCUAAUAAAUCAUUCCAUCUAACCCAAGUGCAUUGGAACCACGUCGAUGAAAAUGGAAUCUGUCAAGAAGAAGCAUGGUAUGACUCAGUGAGCAUACUAGAUUCUGAAUCUGACGAUGAUUUUAUCAGUGUUUUCGGAGAUGGAAAUAUUCUCAACAUGUCAAACCUGUGGUCAGGUGCACACAUGUUGCGUCCCCAAGCAGGACUUUCAAUUCCAUGUGCAAAUGGUGAUCAAAAGGCAUUAUCAGGAGGCUCUUGGUCUGCGAUUUCACCCUCAGUUUUCAGGCUUAGAGGCGAAAAUUACUUUAAAGACAAAAUGAAAAAUGUAGCACCAGGUUAUUGUCCUUAUACUCCCAUUGGUGUAGAUUUGUUCGCUUGCUCAGAGAAGAUAAGCCACAUUGCUCAGCACCUUGAGCUUCCCUCUGUUCAAGGGAACAGCAAAUUGCCGCCACUAUUGAUUGUUAAUAUACAGAUGCCUACUUACACUCCUUCAAUGUUCCUAGGUGACAUCGAUGGUGAAGGUAUAAGCCUUGUGCUGUAUUUCAGGCUGUCUGACAAUUUUGACCAAGACGUUCCAUUAGAUUUCGUAGACAGCAUCAAGAGAUUGGUGGAUAAUGAUACUGAGAAGCUUAAAUCAGUGGUUCCUUACCGAGAAAGACUUAAAAUCUUGUCAGGGGUAGUAAAUCCGGAGGAUCUUCAGUUAAGUUCUACUGAAAAGAGACUUCUGAAUGCUUAUAAGGACAAACCAGUUCUGUCACGCCCUCAGCAUGAAUUUUUCAAGGGACCUGACUAUUUUGAGAUCGACAUAGAUGUGCACCGAUUCAGCUAUGUGUCCAGGAAAGCAUUAGAAUCAUUACGAGAACGAUUGAAAGAAGGAAUUCUUGAUCUUGGUUUGACUAUUCAGGCUCAAAAACCAGAGGAAUUACCAGAAAAGGUGCUGUGCUGCAUGAGACUGAAUAAACUCGAUUUUGUAAAUAGCGGCCAAAUACCCACACUUAUGACCCUCAAUGAUGAUUAAAUUAAAAUUGAAAACAAGUUUAGUUUGCUGGGAAGCCUUUCAGAAAUCACAAUAUGAAGACAGUUUACACAUUCUUUGUAUA